CUGCAGCCCAAUACACUUCUUCCCCUCCAGGGCUGCCCAGUCAUUGUCCCAACGCUGAGCGCUGCCUUUGUGGAUGAGAACCUUCCUGACGGAACUCGCCUGCACCCAAGGACGACCUUCAUCAAACAUUGGCGCAUGAGGAACACUGGCAACAUGGAGUGGAGCUCUGACACUAAGCUGAAAUUCAUGUGGGGGAACUUAACUCUGGUGUCCUCGGACAGGAAGGAUGUCCUUGUGCCCUCCCUGCUGCCUGGGCAAGAGGGGGUUGUCUCUGUGGAGUUUGUAGCUCCUCCAAUGGAAGGAACCUACACGUCUCAUUGGCGGUUAUCGCACAGAGGGGAGCAGUUUGGGCCCCGGAUCUGGUGCAGCAUUGUGGUAGACCCCUCCUGCAACACAGACUGCCCAGAGAAUAGCAAACUGGUGUCCAGUUUUUCCCAGAAGGGCAGUUCGCAUUGUAAGAAAGAGGAAAGACCCUCAAAGUUCAAGGGGCAAACUCUGCAAACUGCUGAUGGUGCCACGACGGGAGGCGUGGCCGGCCGCGCUGCUCCACCAAAGCUGAAGAGCAUCCUCAGCGCUAGAGAGUUCUACAUCCCGUCAGUUGACCUGCUUACAGCUCAGGAUCUGCUCUCCUUUGAACUGCUGGACAUUAACAUAGUGCAGGAACUGGAGCAGGUUCCACACAACACUCCUGGAGAUGCCCAGGCAGGGAAAGGGAAGGCUGAGAAUCCGGCUAACUCCGAGGAAGGAGAGGAAGACAUGAGUGGGACCCAGUUUGUUUGUGAAACAGUAAUUCGUUCUCUCACCUUGGAUGCUGCGCCUGACCACAGGCCCCCACAGAGGAAGGAAUCGUUGCAGAGUUCUCUACAAGCACUACAGGACAAUGCCCACUGCAGCCCAAACAAGGACCCUGUUAGGAUAGAAAAUGUUCUUUCUCCAACACUACAGGAACCAGAGUCCAAGAAUCAAGGCAUAGAGGUGGCCAAAGAACCUGAGUUUGAGGAACUCCUGCUGCAAGACGGGGCGGAAUCGAGUGAUGGAGAGACCGAGGAUGAUGCCAAGGAUGAAGUCUGCAGCCAAGCAUCCUCUACCUCCUCUGAGGAUUACAUCAUCAUCCUCCCAGAGUGUUUUGACACCAGCCGCCCUCUAGGCGAGUCCAUGUACAGUUCUGCACUCUCUCAGCCCAGCUUGGAAAAAGUGGCCGAGGCCUCGGCAAGCCCUGCGGGAGAGAACCAGCCCUCAGCUCACAGUAUCAACGACAUGCUAACCACCUCACAGACACUGGACGAGGUGCCUCUGACCCCUCAGAUCCUGGAACCACAUCCUGCAAGAUCUCUGGCCCCUCCCCAAAACAACAGCUCCCAAGAAACAAGUGUUCCCAGUGGAGAGGACGCCUCUUGGUGGGUUCCAGACCAAACCAGAGAAGUUCCUGCUCUCAAGCUCCCAAAUAUCUCUCUUGUAGUGGUCCAAGGAGCAGAUGUUCCUGAACCUCCGCCUGCAGGGAAUGUACAUAGCACACCAACAUGUCCAGAGUUCUCCAGGCACACCCAUGGGAACAGCCUCGCUGGUGACCUCGUGAAAGGGGCCUUGUCAGUGGCUGCCUCUGCUUACAAGGCGCUGUUUGCUGGACCGCCCACCGUGGAGCAGGCUCUUCCUGUGGCCACCGAGGAGCAAAUGAACCCCUUCCUAGCCAACCUGAGCGAGAUGGGCUUCUGCGACAGGCACCUUAACCUCAGGCUGCUACGGAAACACAACUGUGAUAUUUCCCAAGUUGUCACUGAGUUGCUGCAGCUGAGUCACAGCGAUUGGUACGAAAACCAGUAUUGAACCUUUCUCCUCACCGUGCUCAUUAAAACCUGAGCAGUAAAUGGCACCAGCAGCUUCCAGCUCCCUUCUGUUCCAGCACAGCAGAGAUGGCUUGGCUUCUGUUUCCCAUUGCAUCAUGGUUCGUCACCACCACGACCACCAGUAUCCAAUGACUCGGGCACUAGGAUUUCUUUAAAACACUAAGGUUCCUUCCCCCAACUGGUAUAAUUCCAGAUUUUGUUGUAGUAAAAAGAGGUGAAUGUACACACGAAAUACAAGUGAGCUGUGUUCCUAAGAAUUUUAGGGCUUUCGUUCAUGAGCGGCAAGCAAGUAAGAACCAGAGACUUGAGGGGCCUUCCUGUAUUGUUCCUGCCUAUCUGCCCAUCUCCAUCCAGCGGUGGAGCUAAACUAAAGACCAGCUUUUCCACAUUCUGUCCUCUCAUGAAGGCGGUGGGUGGAGCCCUUUGUCCUCUAGUUUUGGAAUCAUCCUGCAUUUUGUUGGAGCAAUAAUUCCACCAGCAUUUUCAUGUUGUGUUUUGCAGACGCUACCUUAAAAUGCAUUCGUCAUAGUCUAGCUGUUGGCGUUCUUGGCCAGUCCCGUCAAAACCUAAAUGCUGCUGUUUGCUGUUAGUUACUGGGAGUGAAAUAGACUAUGAAAGGAGCAAAGUCGGUAGCAAGACUGGGUGGGUGGUUCGCCAUAAAAAUACCAAAACAAAGAGCAGUUGCUCCUCCUGUGUAAAUCUUUAGAGGUAUUAUUAAUAGCUAUUAUAACUUAAGUAUUUGAUUGACACAUGGUCAAGACAUGCUUGGUGGGGGAAACGACACAAAACUAUUUUUGUAGACCCAUUCCUCCUGUUUAGAUGAAUAGACUCUCACAUACAAGAUUUCUGUCCCACCCUGCCCAGCCAAUGGACCAAUUUUUUUGGGGGGGGGGAAUGCACAGUUUUUAACAAACGUUGAUUCAAUUUAAACAUGCUAAUAAAGCCCUUAAAUAUGCAUUUGCAUAAUAUUGAGCAUAAAAGAACAUGAGGAAAUGCUGAAUCAGAGAUGGCAUUAUGGGAGGAAGUUUCCUCCAUCCCAUCAGGAAAAAGAGACUGAAGAAAGUUCUGCCCAAAGCCCAUUGAAUAAACAGGAUGUGUACCCAUUCCAACUGGAUUAUUUAGCUCUCAGGUGCUCCUUUUUCAAACAAUAUAAAAAGAAUGGCUGCUAUCAUUUAAAAAAGACACAGCUACCCUCGGAGAUGUGGCUGAACCCAUACCUGUUUUUUUGUGCGGUGGGGUAAACACAGGUUGGUUUUUUCCUGUGACUUUGGGCUAAUAUGAUUGGGAGGGAAAAUUCAGAAAUGAUGGAAGCGAUUAAGACCCCUUUUUGCUUUAGAAGAGGGAAAAUGAAACGAAACACCUACUUCUGCAGUGCACUGCCUUUCCCCACCCUCAUUUAACUUGUGCAUGGAAAGCUACAUAUCUCUGAUCAGAGAUCUCCAGAUUAGGACUUACUUUGCUUUGGGUUGAUGGGUGAGAAUCUUGGUAUUCCUAGGUAGAUCAUAUUGUUUGACUUGAAUUAGUUCUCUUGCUACCAAUCCUAUUGGCAAACCUCUUGUUAACCCUGGUAGAAAUAUCUUUCUUUUUAGGUUUCAUAAAAGCUGAACUUUUCUUUCAUUGGCUUCAUAAUAUUUUAUGAGAGGGGUGCAUGGAUGAUAAUUUUAAAAAGUGCAAAUAUUAUGAUCUUUGUAUAUUGCUUAGAAUAAACACUUUGAACAGUCUUUGGGGUGUGACAAAUGUUAAAAUAAAGUAUACAUUAAAUAA